AUGAUCAACCAAUCUGAGGCCGAAUUAGACAACCUGGACAUCCGGCCUGAGGAGACAGAGGAUGAUGACCUCGAGAAUGAUGACGAGCACCUCUCAGACGAGGACCCAGAGGGCGAUAAUGCGUCACCCGAGGUACAGACUGCCAGACAACGACGGACCCACGAGAAAAGAUUGCGAGCCGAGAUCGAGGCGGAAGAACGGGAGCGGAUCGAGGCAGAAGAAAAGGAGCGGGUCAAGAAGGAGAGGUUAGAACGGGAGGAACGCGAACGGUUAGCACGCGAAGCUAGGGAAAAGGCUGAAAGGGAAGAAGAAAAGCGAGAGCAGGAGAGGGUGGCUCGCGAGGCCGCAGAACAAGCCGACCGGGAGCUACGCGAACGAUUGCGCCAGAAAAUACGGGCGCGACUCUUGCGGGAAAAGGAUGAACAACGAGCUUACGAACUUCAGCUCGAUGCGAGGGAAGCACGGAUGAGGUACGAGGCCGAUCAGCGAAAAAAGGCGGAGCGAGAGGCCCGCAUAAACGCUCACGGCAAUAAUCGUGAUCGCUUUUUGAGCUUGCUAAAUGAGCGGCGAGGAGGCGGAGACGGAAACCGACGGUCAGGACGUAUGGUCGACCACGAGAGCUCAACCAGGGCCGGCACCUCGUUCCAAGGAACACCCAGGCAUGACCAUCAUUAUCACUCGGUGCUUGGGGAUGAUUCCGUCGAACUACGCAGGAGGGAUCUCGUUCGAAAGUGGAACGUUGUGUUCAAAGGGGAACGCGACGUUCAAGAGUUUUUGGAACGGCUGGAGGAAAUGGCAGAAAGUUAUGGGUUCGAGAUGGACCACCUGCUACCAUGCAUUCCAAUAUUGUUGCGCGAAAAGGCUCUCCUCUGGUACCGCAACAACAAGAGAGAUUGGGUCUCUUGGGAAGAUUUUGUGUCGGACCUGAAAUCUUUUUAUCUGCCUCCGGGCCUCGAACUCGAGCUGGAAGAGCAGAUCCGGAACAGCGUCCAGGGAGCAACCGAGACUGCGGCGGAAUACGCAACAAGACUGCAAACUUUGAUGCGAAGACAUGGCCAGAUGUCAAACGCGGCCCGUCUUACCCGGCUAUAUCAAAACAUGAGACCGGAAUAUCGACGUUACAUGAAGCGCACCGAGUUUGCUAGUGUCACAGAACUUUUACGACUUGCAAGAGAGUACGAGCAACUCGUUGCUCAAGAGAAAACCCCCGUGGUCAAAGAGACCAAACAAACAGCCCGGGAACCGGAAACUUUGUUCAACCGAAAGCCCGCUAAACCCGUCGAACCGGAACCCGUAGAGAUUUUUGAGUAUAACUGGCGAGAUUGUUGCUGGCGAUGCCGCCAAAAGGGGCACACCAGAGAACAAUGUAUGAAUCGGGCGGUGAAAUUUUGUAUGGGAUGCGGAAAACUGGACACGUAUUCUCGCGAAUGUUGCCCAUACCAGGGAAACGCCGCGAGGUCCAGCACGCGCUCCCAAAACCAGCCCGUGACCCCACAGGGAGCACGACCCCAAAGAACGAACGUUUCCCCGAUCAAUCCAGAGCCUCAGGCGGGCACUUCCAACCAACAACACUGA